CGGAUGCUAUUGAGAAGCGGUACUUUCUCUCUUACAUUACAUGGUUUUCUUGCUUCUUGGAAAUGGAGAACAGCAAACAGUCAAAAAUGAUACAACUGGCCCUCGAAGAAAUAAGCUUUGCAUCAGUCACCCUCUCGAUGUCCACGUGAAAAGAAGCAACUUGAAAUCUAUAUCUGGUGAUCUUGUUUCAUAAACAAUAUCAUGUCUUUACUUGGAGAAAUAGGCCACCCUCAUGUUACGCAACACGAACUGGCCAAAGCCUCGCCUUCAUAGUAGCUUCAAUGGUGAUUGUAGCAGAGUCAGCUUCAUCUUACAAUCAGACUCAACAGGCUGGAUAUUUGCAUCAUGGAAAUAAAGGUCAUUCAGACUAUAAACAUGUCUGGCCGGAAAUGAGAAUUGGGUGGAGAAUUGUGGUGGGAGCUAUUAUUGGAUUCUUUGGAGCAGCAUUUGGGAGUGCAGGAGGUGUCGGAGGAGGUGGCAUUUAUGUUCCGAUGCUUACCUUGAUUAUUGGGUUCGAUGCAAAAUCAUCAAUAGCCAUAUCAAAAUGCAUGAUAACUGGUGCAGCAGCUUCAACAGUAUACUACAAUUUGAAGCAGAGACAUCCUACUCUUGAAAUGCCAGUGAUCGACUAUGAUCUUGCUCUCCUAAUCCAACCAAUGCUGGUUCUAGGAGUUAGCAUUGGAGUUACUUUCAAUGUUAUUUUUGCCGAUUGGAUGAUCACAGUUUUGCUAAUUAUUAUCUUUAUAUUUAUGUCAACCAAGGCCUUUUCAAAGGGCAUUCAAACAUGGAAGAAGGAAACCAUAAAAAAGAAGGAGGCUGUCACACCCCUGGAGUUGAAUGGUGACAACGCUGAAGUGGUGAUUCCCACACCUCCUCCUGAAAUCUUAAGCGAUAAUGCUCAAAUUGAAACCAAAGGUCCUAAAAAGGAAAAGGUGUCUCUCAUUGAAAAUGUUUACUGGAAAGCACUUGGACUUCUUUUAGUUAUCUGGUUCAUGAUCCUUGCUUUGCAGAUUGCUAAGAAUUACACUAAAACUUGUACUGUGCCAUAUUGGAUAUUAGACUUUGCUCAGAUUCCGGUAGCUGCGUCAUUAACUAUAUAUCAGGCAGUUAGACUUUACAAAGGACGGAGAAAAAUUGCAUCCAGAGGAGAAGCAGGAAGCAAUUGGCGGGUACAUAAGUUGCUUCUUUAUUGCUUUUCUGGUCUAUUGGCUGGCAUUAUUGGAGGAUUGCUCGGUCUUGGCGGAGGAUUCAUUUUAGGUCCACUUUUUCUUGAAAUGGGAAUCCCUCCACAGGUGUCAAGUGCGACAGCCACAUUUGCAAUGACAUUUUCCGCAUCCAUGUCUGUCGUGGAAUAUUACCUUCUGAAGCGUUUCCCAGUUCCUUAUGCUCUCUAUCCCUUUGCUGUGACCACCCUUGCUGGCUUCGUGGGGCAAUAUGUAGUGAAAAAAGUCAUUGAUAUGUUAGGAAGAGCAUCCAUAAUCAUCUUCAUUUUGUCUUUCACAAUCUUGGUCAGUGCUAUAUCAUUAGGUGGAGUUGGGUUAGCAGACAUGAUCAAAAAGAUUGAAAGGAAAGAGUACAUGGGAUUUGAAGACAUUUGUUUAUAUUCGUAGCGUCGUUCCUUCUUAUAAAUUCAUGAUUCUGAUCAUUGACAAGUUGUUAAAUGUACCCAAUUCUAAAAACUGUAAAAGCGUUUUGUUAGAGACACCAUAGAAUUCAGUGGAAAGCAGCCUGAAGGUCUACAGGGGCAUAGAAAUUAAUGCUGAGAUUUACUCAUGAAUCUACAUGUAGCUAGCUUCAGUUGAAAAUUUAGCUUGCUUUAGUACCUGUCCUCUUUUUUAUUUUCUUUUUAGCAACUAAUGAUUCUGAUUUUGUUAAAAUGAAUGAAGUCUGCAAUGAUAGGAUCGAUCGAUGCCUGGAGUUUGCAAUGUUCAGGGCUCAUCACUGGUUGGUUAUGACAUGCUUUAACCCUUAUCCCCAACCCCUUUUUCAAAAAAUUUGCACCAUCAUCACGACAUGUCAGACGCCAGAAAUGUAGUGUUUUUAGUUCCAAAUCCUCCAUCUCGUGUGAUGAA